UGAACCAAUGGAAAGUGGCCCUACCACGUGACCCGGCUAUCCAAACAUGGCGGCCUCCUACUGGCUGGGAGACGAACGUUCUCUGACAAAGGGAAGACACCCUUCCAUUCGCCUCGUCCGUAUGACAACACAAUAACGCAAGUGAGCCGUGGGCCAAAUGAAGACGUGACAGACGGCGGCCUUUGUUGAUCGCGAGCCCGCCUGCCCAUCUGCAGCCACGAUGCCUCACGUCAACCCGGUGCUGGUGGAGUCAGGCGUGGUGUCGGCGGUGGUUCUUUGCGUCCACGCCGCGCUGUGGAACCAGCACUCGUGGUGCGCCGUGGCCUUGCUCAUCCAGGCCUUCUACGUGCAGCACAAGUGGGACCGCUUGCUGAAGUCGGGCGGCGCCGUUUUCCAGUUCCGCCCCGCAGCCAACAGCGGCAUCGUCCCGGCCUCCAUGGUGAUGCCGCUCCUGGGUCUGGUGCUGCGGGCCAAAUGCGCAUCGGCGGGCAGCGUCCACUUGGAGCGCUUCACCAUGGUGGUGACGGUGAGCGGCAUGGUCCUGGCGCUCUUCCUGUCUCUGAUCGCGCUGGGCGUCACCAGACCGGUGCCCGUCAACACCUGCGUGGUGGCCGGCCUCUCGGCCAGCGCCAUUUUGUACACGGCCAAGCAGACCCUGACGGUGUCGGAGGUGAUCGAAGUGCUGGAGGUGCUGCUGAUCUUCGUCUACCUCAGCCUCAUUGUGCUGUACCUGCUGCCUCGCUGCUUCACGCCCGGCGAGGCGCUCCUGGUGGUGGGCGGCGUCAGCCUGAUGGUCAACCAGCUCAUCAAGCGCUCGCUGAGCUGGGCCGAGGCCAAGGGGGCCGAUCCGGUCCACUACCUGCUGCCCGUGCUGGUGGUGGGCUCGCUGCUGCUGGGCGUGGUCUUUGCGCUGCUCUUCUGCUUCAUGGAGUCGGAGACGUGGGUGUCGUCGCUCUUCUUCCACACCAUGACGGCCGUGCUGGGCCUGGGCAUCCUCAUGCCGUGGCUGUCGCUCUUCAUCGGGCGCCAUCCCAUCAUGUGGUUGUGGGACUUUGUCACCUUCAACCGGCGCCGCCUGGGACUGGUGGCGUACUGGGCGGCGCUGUGCUUGGCCGCCACCGGCGUGGUGCUGCACCAGAACUACCAGCGCCGCGCCGGCUCCAAGAAGCACCAGGCCUCCACGGCGGUGCGCAAGUACUUCCACGUCAUCGUGGUGGCCACCUUCGUCCCGGGGCUCCUCUACGACAGCCAGCUGCUGCACGUGGCGUCGGCGGGCUGCCUGGCCGCCUUCCUCUUCCUGGAGUACGUGCGCUACUUCCGCAUUAAGCCGCUGGGCCGCCCUCUUCGCCAGAUGCUCACCUUGUUCCUGGACGAACGUGACUCGGGCCCGCUUAUCCUCACCCACAUCUACCUCCUGCUGGGCAUGGCGCUGCCCAUCUGGAUCUUCCCAGGGGCCUGCGCGCCCAAGGGGACGCUCCCCGGGGCCGGCGGCUUGGUGCCCUACGCCGGCGUGCUGGCGGUGGGCAUCGGCGACACGGCGGCCUCGGUGUUUGGAAGCGCCGUGGGCGAGAUCCGAUGGCCGGGCACCAAGAAGACCAUGGAGGGCACGGCCACGUCCGUAUUGGCCCAGAUUGUGGGCGUGGCCUUGCUGCUGAUUUUUGACGUGGGCGUCAACCUCAACGGCGCCUACUCGUGGAUCCUGAGCUCAGUGGCGCUGGUGGCCAUGCUGGAAGCGUACACCUCGCAGAUCGACAACCUGCUGUUGCCGCUCUAUCUGCUCAUCCUGCUCACGCUCUGACAGGACGACCAGAGCGGCGGGCCAGGAACGGCGCCAAAGACGGCAAAACUCAAAGCGGAAGGAGCGCAAGGCUGUCGACGUGCCUGCAGACGGCCUUGGAAAACAUUUUCUGCCAUGAACGACUCAAAGGCAGGGCUAUGACGCUUUGGGUUGAAAUUUCAGAAUGAAACUCAAUGAGGAAAUGAAACGUUAUGCAUCGUUUGAACCUUGAUUCUAAAUGUACCUAACCAACCAUUCAAUGAAAAUAUAUUGUACAAAUACAAUAUUUCAAAUAAAAAAACAUCCGUUCUUACUUGCAUACAAUUCAACUGUACAUUGUCUAGAAAUCAUGCAACAAAGUUCGUUUUUCAGUCAAGGAUGGAUGAAAAAUUCUCCGAAUACGACGUAUGAACAAAUUGGCGAAUUAUUCAUUAGCUUCAUUGUGAAAUUUCAGCCAAUUUCCCAAAGCUUGCGAGUCGUGAACAACGUCCUGGUAUCAAAGCCUUAAACGGCGAGACGGUUAAAGUAGAUGCUGUUUUUUCAGCUUUCGUGGGACCCUGUUUGGUAUUUAUUAUUAUUAUUUAAAAUUGCCCCAUUCCACCCUAAAUGAUCACGACUGAAUGUUUAAGCUAAGUUUAAUGCUAAGAUAUGAGCCUUUCCCUAUAUUUUUAAUCUUGCAUGUGAAAGAAAAAAAAUAUUUGAAAAAAAAAAGAAAAAAAAUCUUAGUCCUAGUUGAUCACAAUGUGAUGUUUCCUCAUAAUCCACUUUUGGCACAUUUCAUGUUUAGUUUUCAAUGAAUUCUUUUCUGAAAGCACUUUAAGGAGUGUUUUCUCCGUUAAUUCAUCACCAUUGAAUGUUUCCUCCGAACGCGAGAUCGCCCUGCAUUUUUAUUUCAUCGUGUCAUUUUGCUUUGAAUCUAUUUCCAUUUGAGUAUCGAAAGUAUCGAAAUGAAAUUAUUUGUACAACCGUUCUGUCACGAUCAUUAAAGUACAUGCACCAAUA